AUCGCAAACAAUGUUAUCCCGAUGAACCAGUAUACCUUAUGAGGCAUCAUUUGCUUGCAGCAACACCCACGCAGCCAGAAAUGGCGUUUCACCUCUGGAAUUUUACGCCACGCUUCGAGGGUUUGGACAGACAGCUGUCCAAGCAUUUGGAAGCACCGUAUCUCACGUUCAUGAUUUCCAUAAAGAUGAAACGUUGCGUAAAAAUCUCGGCCACUUCAAGUAUUUAGAGAUUGCCACGCUAGUAGAAGAAGAACUGGUAUCGGAAAAUGAAUGGGCAAAAGAAAAAUACGGAUGUCCUGCGUGUCCUCCAAAUCGAAUGUUUAUCGCUAUCGAUGGCAAUAUGCAGCUUAAAUGUUAUAAAGCAAAUGAGCACGACAAAGAAAAAUAUGUCGAGAAACGGAAUUAUUCCGCUGACGAGCAUCAAGCCAAGUAUGACGAUCAUACCAUCCGUGAAGGAGUUAGUGAUGCAUCACGUAACUGUGACAGCAGUUUUAAAGCAACCGCAAACGCUUCUCGCGGUGAUCCCCUCUGUCAUGAAAGUGGUUUAGUAGGAGCUAUCUGCGCUCGACAUGAUAUUCCUUUAGAAUUCACAAAUAUAUUUGAAUCUGGAGAAAAAUUCAAGUAUGCCCUUGCCAUCAUUGACGUCUUAUUGCAAAAGCCAGGCGUGAAAAUCGAGGCAUUGAUGUAUGACAUCGCUUGUCGAAUCAAAUCAGCCAUACGAAGCAAUUUUCCCGAGCUCAGGGACGAAAAUAACACGAAGAUCGCAGUUAGCGUUUUUCACGCGUAUGCACAUUCGAUAAAGUGUCAAGUCGACUAUAACCCACGUUAUGUCAAAGGGCUUGGCUUGACCGAUGGAGAGGGCAUGGAGCGACUUUGGUCGUAUUUGGGACAGUUCGUUUCCAUCACUCGACCAAUGAGCGCAAAAAACAGAGUUCUGACGCUGUGUCAUGCGAUAUCACACUUCAAGCAAAUUCGUGUUUCGACUUUACGUAAGUUUUUUCUGCAAAAAAAAAUAUCUAUUUGUUUCAUCAGCGAUAAACCUAUCACGGCGCAAAAAGCUUGCAAAUGAAAUACUUUUAGAAUCACUAUCGUAUCUUGACGAAGAAGUAGCAGGAAAAAGCAAUCAAGAGCUCCAGACUGAAUGGGAUAGAUUCUCCCAAAGAAUACGCAGCGAUCAUGCAGUGCUGCGAACUCAUACGUUCGAAGUCUUAUUAUUUACUAUGAUACAAAGAAUAAAUCCGACGCGGUG